AUGCACCUCAAUUCCAUCCUUUUCGCCACUAUGGCCAUGGUCCUUUCCACUGUCCUUGCCGACGCGAGUCAGUAUUCGCUGAAAAACAAUGCCGACUGCCUUAAUAUCUGCCUGGAUGAUCCCAACGGCCUCCCGUGUCCUCCUAACACCCGCUCAACCCAGCUUCCUAAUGGCUGCUGGACCUGUUGCCGCAGCGCUUAA